CAGCCGCAUAAUAAUAAUAAUAAAAAGUCAGAUUUCUUUGAAAUUCUCAUAUAUUGAGUGUAUAUAGCUGUCAGCUAUGUGUGCGCAGUCCACCUUAAUCAACUAGUUUCAUUUCUUUGAUUUUUUUUAAUCAAUAUCUUGAGCAAAGAUUUACGGAGUAUUUGUUAAAAAUUCAUUCAAUCAGCUGCCCGAAUUUUACGGUGACUGUUUUCUGGUUCUAACAUUGCUAGAUGUUUGCAGUGAUUCCCAGCUCCCGAACAUCUCUUCUGAUUUGACUCUGUGAUUAUAAAGGUGCAAUCUUUUCCCUUAUUUCAUUGAUUUUGAGUCAAAACAGUUGAUGCCCAGAUCGAAUUUAGCCCCAAAGAUCUCAACUUUACCUCCCAAGAUCCAUUUUUUGUGUGUGGUUUGUUGUGAUGAAGAAGGAUUUGGGGUUUGAGUUGCUGCUGAUAUGGGUUUUGUCGGUGUUCUUCCUCUUGAAGCAAUUAGGGUCUGAUUUUGUUCCUGCAGAUAAUUACCUGUUAAACUGUGGAUCAUCCAGUGAUGCCAAAUUGGGCAGUAGGGUUUUCAAAUCUGAUCAAUCAGCUUCAAAAUCCCUCUCAACCCCAGAACACAUAUUGGCCAAUGCUCCUCCUUCGUCCCCAAUUCCAGCAUCUGAUGAUUCCCCUCUCUAUGGGACGGCACGAAUCUUCACUGGAACUUCAAGCUACAAGUUCUCCAUCAGCCAGCCUGGACGCCACUGGAUCCGUCUCUAUUUUUACCCCUUUAUGUACAACAAGUAUAACAUGAGCUCGGCUAGUUUCUCGGUUUCGACCCAAACCCAUGUCCUCCUUACCAGUUUCAAUCCGAAAAGCCGUUCGUUCAGGGAGUUUUCCGUAAAUGUGGCGUCUAGUGAGAUUGUGAUAACAUUCACACCUUCCCCUAAUUCAUUUGCUUAUGUGAGUGCCCUUGAGGUUGUCUCUGUACCUAAUGAUCUCAUAACUGGUGAUGUCACAACCAUUGAUCCGGUUGGGACGUUCCGUGAUCUUGAUUCCCAGGCACUUGAGACUGUUGAGAGGGUAAACAUGGGUGGAUCUCCUUUGACGUCGCGUAAUGACACAUUGUGGAGGAAUUGGGUCAACGACGAAGUUUUCUUGUUGAAACCGGAUCUUGCCAUGAAUCUCUCCAAGGUUAAAUCGGUCAUUUAUCCCGAUCAAGGAGCGACCCCUGAGUCUGCACCUGCGACGGUGUAUGGUACAUGCACUAAGAUGAGGGUGGAUGAAGGGGACACCACUUCCAAUUUCAAUGUCACUUGGGAGUUCAGCAUUGACACCGGCUUCCAAUACCUUCUCCGUUUACACUUUUGCGACAUUGUGAGUCCGUCCCCCAAUCAGCUUCUGUUUAACAUUUACAUUGAUUCAUCAAACAUUGCUCCCGAGUUUGACCCCGGGGCUAAAGUGAGGGACACUCUGGCAACUGCAUAUUACAUGGAUUACGUUACGCCGGCAGCUGAGAAAGACAAGAUUCGAAUCAGUGUGGGACCCUCUCCUCGGAGUGCUUUCUCUGAUGCAUUCAUAAAUGGUUUGGAGAUCAUGAAGAUGAACAACUCCAAGGGUAGUCUUGGAAUUGCGGACCUCGUGGCUGGAUCCACCACAUCUGGCUCUAAGAACAUGGGAAUGAUUGUGGGACUUGGCGUAGGGGUACCGGUUGUUCUGGCCAUGAUUUGUGUUCUGUUUUGCAUUCACCGGAGGAGGAAACAGGUCCGUCUUGGGCAGUCAAAGACAUGGAUCCCGUUGUCUAUGACCGGGUCCCACACGAUGGGAAGCAAGUACUCGAACGGGACAACCGUGAGCGUGGCGGGCUCCAACCUGAGUUACCGGGUCCCGUUUCUGGCUGUUCAAGAAGCAACAAACAACUUUGACGAGAGUUGGGUCAUCGGGGUGGGCGGGUUCGGGAAGGUCUACAAGGGGGAACUAAGCGACGGGACGAAGGUGGCGGUGAAGAGGGGCAACCCCAAAUCCCAACAAGGCAUGGCGGAGUUCAGGACGGAGAUCGAGAUGCUAUCCCAAUUCCGGCACCGCCAUUUGGUCUCGUUGAUCGGAUAUUGCGACGAGAGGAAUGAGAUGAUUCUCGUCUACGAGUACAUGGAGAACGGGACCCUCAAGAGCCAUCUCUACGGCUCCGACCUUCCGAGCAUGAGCUGGAAGCAACGGCUCGAGAUAUGCAUUGGUGCGGCCCGCGGGUUGCACUACCUCCACACCGGUUACGCUAAGGCGGUCAUACAUCGGGACGUCAAGUCUGCUAACAUAUUACUCGACGAGAACUUCAUGGCCAAAGUCGCCGACUUCGGGCUCUCCAAGACGGGCCCCGAGAUUGACCAAACCCACGUGAGCACGGCCGUGAAGGGGAGCUUCGGGUACCUCGACCCCGAGUACUUCAGACGGCAACAACUCACCGAGAAAUCCGACGUCUACUCUUUCGGCGUGGUCCUCUUCGAGGUGCUUUGCGCUAGGCCCGUGAUCGACCCGUCCCUCCCGAGGGACAAGGUGAACUUGGCCGAAUGGGUUAUGAAGUGGCAAAAGAAGGGCCAACUCGAACAAAUCAUCGACCCGAGGCUCGUGGGGUGGAUACGGCCCGACUCCCUAAGGAAAUUCGGGGAGACGGGGGAGAAAUGCUUGGCGGAUUUCGGGGUGGACCGGCCGUCGAUGGGAGACGUGCUUUGGAACUUGGAGUAUGCCCUUCAACUCCAAGAAGCGGUCGUCCCGAACGACCCGGACGAGAACAGUACCAACCUCAUUGGGGACCUCUCGCUCUCCCCGCAGGUGGAUGACAUCAGCCACGCGCAGCUCGACUCGACUGAAAACUUGGACGACAUUUCGGGCGUCUCCAUGAGUAGAGUUUUCUCCCAGCUUAUCAAGUCUGAAGGUAGAUGAUGAUGAUGAAAUUACAGUUUGCUUCUUUUGUUUUGUGCCACUUUCCAAAGUUUGUUCAUUAAAACCAUGAAAAACUAGUGUUUAGAUGUUGUUUGAGUGCUUUGUUGUAUAAUCAAAUCUGUGUGUAACAAAUACUCGGUACAGGUCAAACCCAUUUUAGCUCUUAAAUUGUCAACUUUCUAUUUUGAGAUUUAGUCGUCCACUUUUGAGUUAAAGACCUGCUCAUUAACUAUGCUAGAGCUUCAUGCCAACUGAUCAUCAAUCAAUUUCAUUAAAUCCAGGUAUGUGCAGUGAUCUGUAGAGUAUGAUGACAGCCUUUUGAUACAUCAAAAGAACCACAAAAGAGAGAAUGAGUCAUUGGGUUAGUGAUGAAUAGGGAAUAACCCUAAUAGCUAUCUUUGGAGAAGCCAUAGAGAGACCCAAUCCCUGAUCAAGAUGGGAUAUGCCUGGAAAAUUGGCAAUGGCACAGAAAUCAACCUUUGAAGGGAUC